CCAUCGGAGUUUUGUUGUGAUAAAUAUUUGAAAACAGUUUCCAUCUAAACAUUGUUCAUGUGCAAAUCAUCUAUAACUUCAGACCAACCAUGAGAAGUUUAUCAUCAUUCUUGAUUCUGUAUAUUGUCUUAUCCAGCAAUGGAAUGAUCUGUGACGCGGCUGUUACGUGGUAUGACUGGGGUCCUGGAACAAUUGGUGUACCAAUGAAAUUCAGAGUUACAUCUGACUCUGGAACAAGAGGCCCUUCAUAUGAAUUUCGAUUCAAAUUUGACCAAUUUCCACAAUAUGAUAAAACUAUUGUCUCAGAUCAAAGUGGAGUAGAUUACGUCGUAACAUUUGAACCAGCGAAAGCUGGUAACUAUACAAUGCAAAUUGAUGCAUGGAAUUGUUAUCACGGUGUGCCUUUUGAUUGGUUAGGAACUCUUAAUUCUACCUUCCAGCUUUUAGAUUCCCUCACUGGAACUAUAGCUGUAAAUGAUGAUGACAAUAAAAAAGUUGUUUCCACUGCAGAGGCAUAUAAACUGACUGCCAGAAUGAGUUAUUUUUCAUGGUCUUUCGAAGCAACUAAUAUAACUUACAAAUGGUUUAUCAAUGAUGAACCACAAGAGGAGAGUUAUAAGGUUAUUCAACAUACUUUUUAUAAGCCUCAACUAAACAAAAUUUCAGUGAUUGUUACAGCAACUAAAACCAAUGGAAGUGAUCUUAUACAAAAAUCUGGUACAUUUAGCACUACAUUGGAAAGCAAAGAUCCAAUUACUAAUUUGACUGUUGAUGGUCCAACCGAGGUUAAAGUGUUUGAAAGACUUCAACUGGACUGCAAAAUUCAUGGUGGAACACCUCCAUUUCAAUGCGAGUACUUUUUUUGGAUAGACAGACCUUACAGCGAACAUAUCAAAGUUACUAAACAUUCGAAUGAAAGCUUCUCAUCAUUAAUCAGAUAUUUCAGUGCUAAAGGAACAAGAAGUUUGAGAAUCAUUGCUAAAAAUGAUGUAUCUUCGAUUACGAAAUGGAUGGAGAUUUCAGUCUAUUAGUCUACAUAUAAUGCAAUCGUGGCCGUUCGAGAAAACUGACA